CGGGCAUUGUGGGGAGCUCUUAACAUUCGAUAAGAAUGUGUAGGUCUCCUCGCUGUUCUAAACAUUCUGGGAUUAACCGUGGGACAUGGACGGCGGAAGAAGACUUGAUUUUGAGACAAUAUGUCUCUACUCAUGGCGCUGGGGAAUGGAUGUCUCUACCCAGUAAAGCAGGUCUGAAGCGAUGUGGAAGGAGUUGCAGAUUGCGAUGGUUGAAUUAUCUUCGUCCAGAUAUCAAGCGUGGAAACAUUUCUCCCGAUGAGGAUGACCUCAUUCUUCGAUUGCACAGACUCCUAGGCAACAGGUGGUCUCUCAUAGCUGGACGACUGCCUGGUAGAACGGACAAUGAAAUAAAGAACCACUGGAUCACUCAUCUAGGAAAGAAGAGCCUCCCACGCAAGCAGAUUCUUGCCAAGCCCAACACAACAUCAAAUCUUACUCCUCCUCAUGAUGAUCAAAUCCUACAAUAUACUCCCAUCAGGGCAACGCCGGUUAGGUUAUCAAAUCAUCAAGAUUUCAAUCCCACUGACGUUGCCAAUAAUUAUUCUCAAUUGGGAUCUCCAUCCAUGCAAAUUAUUGAUAACCUUUCUCCAUCAUGCAUACCCAAUCUAGUGGACUCGCCUUUCCUACCUUAUAUGCAUUGUAUAGAGGAGAAAUCCGCGAGUUUUUUGUAUUCUUAUGAACUGCAAUCUGCCGACUCUGAUCUCCUCUGGUGCCCUUACUAUUCUUUUGAAGAUUUCACUUUCGAGGAGUUCUUAGCAACGCCUGGUAAUAACUUGGAAGGACAAAAUUUGCUUCAUGGACAAGAUAAGAGCUUUACAGUCAGUGAUGGGCAAGGAAUGGAGGGAAUAUACAAUUGUAUUCAGCAGCAUGAUUGUGUGAAUGAAUUACAGUACUUCUAGAUAUCAGUCCUGCAGUUAUCAAGCCGACUACGGUUUGAAUCGAAGGAUUGGUAUCAAAGAAGUUAAUAAAAUUGCUAGAUAUCUUAGACCUUUUCAGUAGAGAAAAGUUAACAGAACUGGUAUUGAUAUAUCCGUCUAUCUUAAGCUCUCAUGUAUUAGAAAACACUAUUUAACCUUCCUUCUACUUUGUUCUCUCCUUCUCACUUUAUAAUAAUUAGUCUAUUUUUGUAUCAUUUUGGUUACUAAGAUUUAUUCAUCUUGAUUU